AUGGUGCGCAAAUUCUUGUUGCCUGUCGUUAUAGCAGCAAGUUUUAUCUCACCAGAAUUGUGUGGCUCCACAGCAACUAAGAAGAAAUCUCAAGUGAAGAACAACUCAGGUGUGACCCCAGCCGGUCAGUGUGGCACGUGGAUAAAAGAAUCCAAUGGAGGCUACUUCACCUCCCCAAACUAUCCGGAGCGAUACCCCCCAGAGCGGGAGUGUGUCUAUAUAAUUGAGGCGGCUCCCCGUGAGUGCGUGGAUUUGUUCUUUGAUGAUAAAUAUUCCAUUGAGCCGUCGUGGGAGUGUAAAUUUGACCACAUCGAGGUGCGGGAUGGACCCUUUGCUUUCUCACCCAUCAUUGGCCGCUACUGUGGGCAGGAGAUUCCCACCUAUGUCCGCUCCAGUGGCCGCUACCUGUACAUCAAGUUUGUGGCAGACGGAGAACUCGAGGCGACUGGGUUUUCUGCACGCUAUAACUUCACCCAAGAUCCAGAGUUUACAGAACUGGGAUCCCUGCCGUCCUUACCUUUUUGUGAAUUUGAAAUGAAUGGACCUGAAGGAUUUGUUGAGUCUCUUCAAAUCACCAGGGAAAACCGAGCCUUACAAACUGAAGCUGUGGACUGCCGCUGGUACAUAAAGGCUCCACCAAAAGCAAGGAUUUACAUGCGGUUCCUGGAGUAUGAGAUGCACAAUUCGAAUGAAUGCAAGCGAAAUUUUGUUGCGAUUUAUGAUGGCAGCAGUUCUGUUGAGCACUUGAAGAAUAAGUUCUGUUCCACUGUGGCCAAUGACGUGAUGCUGGACUCUUCUUUUGGCGUGAUCCGUCUCUGGGCAGACGAAAGAAGUAGGAAGAGCAAAUUCAGAAUCUUGUUUACAAUUUUUCAUGCACCUCCCUGUGAUGACGGAACUUUCUUCUGCCAUAGUAACAUGUGCAUCAAUCACACUCUCGUAUGCAAUGGUAUUCAAAACUGUGUCUACCCUUGGGAUGAGAACCACUGUAAAGAAAAGAGACAGCCCAGUAUACUCGACUCUCUAGAUAAUACCAAUCUGACCAUCAUUGGUGUGACCUGUGGCUUAGUUGUGAUCCUCCUCGUCAUAUCUGUCAUCAUUCAGGUCAAACAGCCAAGAAAGAAAUAUAUAAUACGCAGAGAUGAUUUUGAUCCUGCUCUGAUGCACCCAGGUUUUGAGCCACCUCACUAUGAGCUCUGUACUCUGCGGCGCGACCCAUCUGGUGACCUGGCUGAUGGUGCUCUCGUGGAAGACUUCCAGAAACUUCGCCGCACCUCUUCCAGAUGUAUCCGCGACCAUCACUGUGGUUCCCAGCAGGGCAGCAUGCAUGGGAGUGUGCACGGCAGCCGUAGCAAUUUGAGCAUGAGGGAUGACACCAUAGAUGGGGGGCUGGGGCCGCUGCCACUGCCGCCUCCAAUGGUGAGCCAGCAGUCCCCUCUGUUGUCCCAUCACACCACUCCCACAGGCAGAAGGAACAUCUUGGUCAUGAAGCACAGUUACUCACAGGAUGCUGCAGAUGGAUACAGGGAUGAAGAGGAAGAGGACAGUUUAAUGAUGGACAAUGGACCGACCACCAGCAGCCGGCACUAUAUGCAGCAGCAUCAACAAAUUCAUUCUAAUACUAUGUCUGGCCUUGACCACAUAGUCCAUCGCACACUGUCCAAUGAUUUCUAA